UCUUCUUUAUUUCAAAACAAAUAACUUCUGAUUCACAUCUUCUCUUUUACCUCUCUUUCUCCCUCUCAACAUUGCAUUCUUUUAAUAACUACUUUUAGAUCCUUACAUUCCUCUGACUGACACAGCUCCUGCUCCUGCCUGAGCUCAAGCUGAAGUAGCUUUGUUCAAGUUUGAGAAUUUUUCAUGUGGGUCUAGAGCUCUGCUCCUCCUCUAUCAUAAACAGUUACAGUGAAACAUGUUGAGCAAAUGAAGCUUAGUUUCGUGAGAUGGGUUGUGUAUUGGGAAGACCCGUUUCUUCAUCAGACUCAGUUUCUGGCUCUAGGCACCAAGACAGCACAAGGGUCGAAUCUAAACGGAUUGAAGUGAAGGAGACCGUGGCCACGUCUAUUAGAAUUGAAGCUGAGACUAUUAGUAGUAUUGUUGUUCCUGUUCCUGGAGUUGAUGAGAUUAAAGAGGAGAAUGAAAAGCCAAAAGGAGAAAGUAAAAGAUCGAACAAGGCUGACCCGAGGAAGAGUAUUCCGCCAAAGCAUCUGAUUGGUGAGCAGGUCGCUGCAGGUUGGCCAUCUUGGUUAUCUGAAAUCUGUGGAGAAGCUCUUAACGGUUGGCUUCCACGAAAGGCUGAUUCUUUUGAGAAGAUUGAGAAAAUUGGAUCAGGAACGUAUAGCAAUGUGUACAAAGCGAAAGACUUGCUAACAGGGAACAUUGUAGCCUUAAAGAAAGUGCGGUGCGAUGUAAGGGAAAAAGAGAGCUUGAGGUUUAUGGCUAGAGAGAUUCUGAUACUGAGGAGAUUAGAUCAUCCCAAUGUAAUCAAACUAGAAGGUUUGGUUACUUCAAGAAUGUCAAGCAGUUUGUACUUAGUGUUCCGUUACAUGCACCAUGAUCUUGCUGGUCUUGUCGCAAGCCCUGACAUAAAGUUCACCAAACAACAGGUUAAAUGCUAUAUGAAACAAUUACUCUCGGGACUCGAGCAUUGUCACAGCAGAGGUGUGCUUCACCGUGAUAUCAAAGGAUCAAACCUUCUUAUAGACGACGAAGGAGUUCUCAAAAUUGGUGAUUUUGGUCUUGCAACGUUCUUUGAUCCAAAAAGAAGGCAACAGAUGACUAACCGUGUGGUUACUUUAUGGUAUAGAGCGCCAGAGCUUCUUCAUGGUGUUGUGGAGUAUGGUUUUGGUAUUGAUCUAUGGAGCGCAGGUUGCAUCUUAGGCGAGUUACUUACUGGUAGACCGAUAAUGCCAGGUCGAACCGAGGUAGAGCAGCUGCAUAGGAUCUAUAAGCUGUGUGGAUCACCUUCAGAAGAGUAUUGGAGGAAGAUUAAGUUACCUUCUACUCGUAAGCAUGCUCAACACAGGCCCUUACCGCAGUAUAAGAGGCGCAUAAGAGAGGUUUAUAAAGAUUUCUCUCCCGAGGCAGUUUCUCUUAUGGAUACUCUCCUGGCACUUGACCCUGCUGAGCGUAAGAGUGCUACAUCUGCAUCGAUGAGUGAUUUCUUCACAACGUAUCCUCUUCCGUGUCAACCUUUUGAUCUCCCCAAGUAUCCACCAACUAAAGAGAUCGAUGCCAAGAGACGAGAUGAAGAGUAUAGAAGACUAAGAGAAAAACGUAAAAACUCACACGAGAAUGGAAGAAGAAGAACAAAACCCCGAGAACGAGCUGUUAGAGCAAUGCCGGUUCCAGAGGCUAAUGCUGAGGUUCAAUCUAACAUUGAUAGAAUGCGUAUGAUCACUCACGCAAACGCAAAGAGCAAGAGUGAGAAGUUCCCUCCUCCGCAUCAAGACGGUUUGCUCGGUUUCCCAAUGGGAUUGUCUAGGCGUUUUGAACCAUCUGAGAUACCUUUUAGCUCAACUUCGUUUACUUCUUACGCCAAUGAGCCUCUCGAGAUGUGGUCUGGCCCUCUAGCGCCAGUGGAGUUUACUGAUAUUGCAGCUGAGACGCGAAGGAGUGGUGGUUGCGGCGGUGGUAGUAUGAGGAUGGAUGUGAAGGUUUGAUGGAAAGAGAGCUGUUGUCUGAAUAUUUCUUCUUCAGCUGCAAAUUUUUAUUUUAGUUCUACUGUUGUUUUUUUUUUGUUUAAAUUAUUUAGU